CCCUCCUCAGCCCCCUCGUCUCCCCGCGCCGCCGCCGCCGCUCCGCCACCAGCAGCCGAAACCGAGUCAGAGUCAGAGGCUCCGACCGGCACCGGAACCCUCCGCCACAGGCGGCACCACGAGGCGAACCGCACCCGGGGGGGGGGUCCGUGUCGAGGAGAGCCGGAACGCGCCGCGCCGCGCGGGGAUGCGGGCGCCUUCCCCCGGAUGCGGGAUGGAGACGAGCGGGCCGCGCGGCAUGUGAAGCCUCGCCGGGAGACGAUGGCUGGACCGGGAUCCUCUGCGGCGGUGCCGCUGCUCCUGCUGGGCUUCCUGUCGGUGUCCUCCGUUACCGCCGACACCGCGCUCUCAGCUCCGCUCAAUGUGACCAUCAGAGAGAUUGAGGUGAACUCUGCCAUGGUCACGUGGGAGAUCUUGGAGGGGGACCCCGUCAUUGGAUUCGCCAUCACCCAACAGAAGAAGGACGCCCGCAUGCUGCGCUUCAUCCAGGAAGUGAACACCACCACGCGCUCCUGCGCGCUGUGGGACUUGGACGAGGACACCGAGUACAUCGUCCACGUCCAGAGCGUCAGCAUGGCGGGCAGCGGCCCCCCCAGCGAGCCGGUCCUCUUCAGAACGCCCAGGGAGUCGGAGAAGAUGGCGUCCAAGAGCCCGGACGAGGUGACGAUGGAGGAGUUCGGUCAGUCGGCUCAGCUGAGGGCCGGGGAGCUCAUCAUCAUCGUGGUGGUGCUGGUCAUGUGGGCAGGGGUGAUCGCUCUGUUUUGCCGUCAGUAUGACAUCAUCAAAGACAACGAGCCCAACAACAACAAGGACAAAGCCAAGAACUCCUCGGAGUGCAGCACCCCGGAGCACCCGCAGGGGGGGCUGCUGCGCAGCAACGUCUGAGACCAGCCCCCCCCCCCCCCCUGCAAAGCCUCGUGCAAUAACUCCUCGACCCUCAGGACAGUAACUGUGUGUCCUGACGCUUGGACCAACGGAAAGCCAUCGUCUCC